CAACACAACUCGACCUUAUCCAUCCCAAUUCCCAAGAUACCCCUAUACCAAUAACAAGAUGAAUUUGGGCGCCAAGGUCAAGGAAAUCCUCCACUCCGGCGACUCGGAAGAUGCCGCCAGAGGAGACGUUGAUCGCAACACUCCAGGAUCUUUCCCAGUCGACGACAUGACAUCCGCCGAAUCCCAGAAGCAUACGUCUUCUAGCCACGAGCACAACAAGCUACACAAGCCAAAUGACCCUCGAGGAUGGUCCGAGGAUGAUACGAGAGCUCGUGGUCAUGGUUACACUGACUCUGGAAUCGGUUUGACCGAACCUCAUGACACCCAGACCAACACUCGAGAAGUGGCUUCUGAGAAGCCCGCCGAACCCAUUCAGCGAACCGAUGACUACACCGCAGACAGCCGCAUUAGCGACACUACCAACCCUACGUCCCAAGAGCCAGUUGGUGACACUGCCGCACCAUCCCAAAAGGAGAACCCGUAUUGGGGAGACCUCCCCCGUGGUGCAGGUGUCUAUAACACUAUUGCUGGUCACGGCAGCCCUGAAGAUGAUACCCAACGCCAUUGCGCAAUCCACAGUGGCGAGACCAACCCCGCUACCACUUCGUCCCAAGCCGGCACUGCUGCUCCAGUGGGUGGUCAGCCACUAGACUUUGCGUCUCAGGGUUCUGAUCCCUACUCUGCCCAACAAGACACUCGUGAGACUACACACGAGAGAGCGCUCGGCUCACGUUUCAAUGAAGGUCUGGGUGGUGCUGCGGCUACAGGCAUUGCCGGAGCCGGAGCCUAUGAGCUUGGCAAGGAUCGUGGAGUUGAUGAGAGGGAAACCCCAUCUCAAUUGACUGGUACUUCCACCACCGCUGAUCCCUACGAUGCUCAGAGAGCCACACCUCCAUCCCAGCACAACACCGCCGCUGCGACCAAAAUUCCACAACAGGAGACCUCACCUGAGACCACAAACCUGUAUGCAUCCCAGCAAGUCCCUGAGAAGACCACCAGGGAGUCGCACUUCAAGGAGGGUCUGGCCGGAGCUGCUGCUGCCGGCACCGCAGGCGCUGGCGCUUAUGAGCUGAACAAGCAGCGUCAAGACGAAGAGACCCCCAAGAAGACAGAAGUUACUCAGCCUGAGCCAGAGGAGAAGAAGCAUAGGUCAUUCCCUCUCAUUGGCCGAAGCCACAAGGAUGAUACCAAGGAGGUAAAGGAGGAGAAGCACACCAAGGAGCCCAAGCCUGAGCGUGAAAGCAAGUUUGGUGGUCUCUUCCAUCGAAGUGGUAAGGAUGAGACCGAGCCCGCGACUGAGGAGGAGCCUGCCAAGGACAAGCACCACGGUGCCAUGGCUGGUACUGCUCUUGCUGCUGCUGGAGCUGGUGGUGCCGCGUAUGCUGCUACCAGGGACCGAGAUGACGACAAGAAGAUCCAGGAGGACACCACCACUAGCCAAUAUCAGGAGUCUACUGCUACUCGAGGUGCGGAUCAAUACUCCAACACUGGCUUGGGCGCCACUGCCACCGACACAUACCAGCAGCCCGCCACAACUCAGGGCACUGGCCAGUACUCCAGUACCGGUUACGAUCCUAGUAGUACCUAUGGUGCCCAAACCACCCAACCUUCAGUUACCUUUGCCGGAGACCAGCCUACGCAGUCGUACCAACAGGAGGGUUCAAACCGAGAUGGCAAGUUUGCCGCAGGUGCUGCCGCCGGUCUAGGUGCUGGUGCCCUCGCAUCUCACCAGUUGGGAAAGAAGCAUGAGAACAUCCCUGCCACUACUCAGGACUCUGAGAGGGGUUUCCAACCUCAGACUACCCAGUCAUACCAGCCCGCACAGUCGUACGGCAUUACUGAGUCGUAUGGAACUACACAGCCAUAUGAACCUACUCAGUCGUACCAACAAGAGGACACACACGGAGGUGACAAGCUCGCAGCAGGUACCGCGGCUGGUCUUGGAGCUGGUGCUCUCGCCUCUCAUGAAUUGGGAAGAAAGCACGAGAACACCCCUGCUACUACCCAAGAGACCGAACGGGGAUAUCAGUCCCAGUCGACUGAGCCCCAUGCGACAACCACGGCGAGAACUACUGCUGUUCCUGCCUAUGACACUUCCAGGAACGAGCCUGUGACCGAGUCUGACAACUUUGCCGAACGCUCGUCAGAGCCGACACUAUCCAUCACGCAAAAGGCCAAUGAGGGCAAGUAUAAUACUCUCGCAUCCGGCACACCAUCCGGUAUCAGGGUCGAGGAUUAUACCAAGGACCGAACAACCCAGAGGGAGCAUGUCGGUACUUCGUCAAGCGAGGAGAAGCAUCAUGGCGCUGGAGCUGCCGCCGGAUUGGGUGCUGCUGCUGGACUGGGUACAGCCGCUGCUCUGUCCCGCAGGGAUGAUGAGAAGAAGGAAGAGCCAAUCGAGCGCGAGGACGUAGCAGAAUCCAAGGUUGAGCCAGAGAUUGAACGGUCGGUUGAGCCUCAGCACGACGAGAAGCCAGCUGCUUCCUCUUUUGCCCCGCAGACGGGUAGCAGCAAGCCUGUCAUUCACCAUUGUCAGAAGUGUGGCGAGGCCAACGACAUCAGCCAGUACUUUACGUCUAAGGCAUCCGACAAGAUCUAAUAGCAUUGAGAAUUUACUUACUGCUGAGCUUGUUUCUAUAUUUAUUUAGUUAGCAUGGCUGUAAUAUACAAAUAGCCUCGCCUAUUUUUCAACUGGCUCCGUCUACAUUCG